UGUUUUGCUUGAGGAGCGUUCUAAAAACUUCUUUCAGAAAUUCUGUUAAAAAAGAACAGGCGCUCUUUAUCUUAAACACGAUGGGCUCCAGCUGACACCAGCUGACACCGCUGACAGCGUAGUAACUUUAAACUCCUAUAGAAAGCGUUGCUUUCGAGGUCGUGUUGCUUUUCCCAUUCGCCUGCGGAUCACCCGUCUACGUUACACGCGCUGGGAACGAUCACGCUUUUGUUUGUCAGUGCUGUUCAGUGCUGUUCCCGCUGGUGUGUUCGUGACUCUGUGUGUUCCGUGUGUGAGCAUCGGCGAUCGUUGCGGGUAAACAAAGGCGGGUAUAUUCAGCGUGCACCAUCGGAGUUUUAUGUACGGCGUGAAUAUGCGCGAACGCGAGGAGUUAUCGAGGUGUUUUCUACCGGGCCAGCCGGCCCAGAUCUCGCUGCCACCGCCGCCGCCGUCGCCACGAGCUCCAGGCUUGGACGCCUUGCACAGCCUCUGCAAGCAGAUCUACCCGGAUCAGAGCAAUCCGCUAACAGUCACGGCGAUUGUGAAAUAUUGGUUAGGAGGACCUGAUCCCCUCGACUAUAUCAGUAUGUACGCGAAUUCAGGAUAUCCCGAUCUCGGAGUACCUCCACAUUGGCAUUAUAUCAGUUUAGGACUGUCCGAUUUACACGGUGACGGCCGAUUGCAUCCUAAACCUGGCUCAGGUCGCGCCAGCGGAUUUGGAUUCGAGUUGACCUUUCGUCUGGCUCGUGAAAGGGGCGAGACGACGCCGCCCACGUGGCCGGCAAACGUGAUGCAGCAAUUGGCCAAAUAUGUUUUCAAUUCCGGGAAUACGUUGAUGCCGGGCGACCAUGUCUCUUGGCAUGCUCCAUUGGACGGUGGAAACGGUUGUAUCACCCAGAUUUUGAUGGGACAGGACCCGCAGCUUCCGACGUCAAUCUCGACACCCCACGGCGACGUCUCGUUUGUUCAAAUCGUCGGCGUUACUUCUGAGGAACUACAGGCAGCUCAACACUGGAACGGUCUGGGUGUGGUUAAUCUGUUAAGAAGCGCUAGAGGCUGUGGCCCGUGGUUAGUCACCGACAUGAGAAGAAUGCAUUCUGCUAUGGAGGAUGAUCCUUCCAUAGCUGAGAAAAUACAGUGCGGCAUUGAGAGAGAUGGAUCAAAUACUAGCGGUGUAUCCGCCAAAUGUUGGUGGGUGCAAAUAACAAACGACAGAAGCAUGGAGAGAUAUAGGGAAAAAAGGGACGAUUCCGAUGACGACGAGGACGUGAAGCCGAUCGUGAAGACAGAGAGACUGUCGCCUUGUGAGCAGCAAGACGCCAACGUCUCUGACGAGAAUAGUAUUAGAGCUUUGCCCGGACUACAUCUAACGUUUAAUCUUGAAGCUGGCUCGUUAUUACCGUUGGCAAUAAAGGGUCGUGUGAUGCAUGGGAGGCAUUUCACGUUCAAAUCUAUAUUGUCCCACUCGGCUGUUACGAUAGUCGCGCCGUCUGUUACGGGCACUUUUGUGUCCAAAGAGAAGCCGUAUGUCGUUCAAGGACCGUGGCUGCAGGUACUCCUCUCGGAAGAGUUGUCCGAGAAAAUGGCCGAAGAGUUUCAAGUUCUGAACGCGCCAGAUAAGAUCCAAUUGCCAAAGACAUUUUCUUGGCCAGAACAUAAUUUAGUCAUCACCAUCAUCAAUGAUUAAACUGUCCAAUGAUGCAAUCCACGAAGAUUACUCUUCACUCUGAUUAAAUAUAUUUAAGUUAAAGAUAGGACAAUGAAAGUAUUAUCGAGCCUCAUUGUAGGUCGAAUCUUUUUAUUUAUAACUACGACGUUUCCCAUGACUCUCUAGCGUAAAAUUUUAUAAUUUAUAAAUGUUAUCAUACGCAUUUAAAUGUUCAUCAAUGUGCGAAAGCAGAGAUUUGCACAUGUUUCCAGAUGUGUUUUUUUUUUUUACAUAAAACGAUGUAUUUUUCUAUAUAUAUAAACGUUCCAACGUC